AUGGAAUCUCAGACUUACACCAGCCAUGAAGUUGAAUCUCAAGCUAUGCGAUAUUCGUACAACCCCAUUAUAACUUCUGGAAGCUUUGAAAUUCCGCCUGGGAGUUCCAACCUUUCGUUACCAAACGGUGCAAAUAACGACGUGCAGCACAUCAAACGGGUAUCUUCGGACUUCCGGGACUAUAGAAAUGCUUACUCGACUAAUACGAAAAGCAAUAUGCCUCAGUAUAAUUUCCCUGGAGAGACUGGCGCUGUGGGAUUUCACAACAGUGCAACAUCUGGGUUUAACGGAGAGGAAGUCGCUCCGAAUGUCGGUCUCGUUCAGACGACGACAGGAUUCCGACCGGCGCCUUACGCGGUGAACCAUGGUAAGAAGCAGCGCCGGGAGCGCAUAACGUUCACGCGUCAGCAACUGGAAGUCUUGGAGACUCUUUUCAAGAAGACGAAGUACCCGGACGCGCUGUUGCGAGAGGAAGUGGCCCUUAAGAUCGACAUCACGGAAGCGCGCGUCCAGGUGUGGUUUAAAAAUAGACGCGCUAAAUGCCGGAACCAGACUAAGGAGAAGAACGGUAACGUUGACGCUCCACUUGAUAAACAACCGUGA